UGUUCAGAUGCGUACAAUUUAAAAUGUAUAACGUUUAAAAUAUGUUAGUCUUUUACCACUAGACUUAAAUUGAAUGUAUACCGCUGCAGUAACUACCUGAAAAUGAGUUUCGAGGCAAAGCGAUGUGGAGUGCAGUUCAGUCCUCCCUCCAUAGUUUUAAUUUAUCAACACAAGGAAACUAAAGAUGUGCGAAAAAGAAUAAUACCUGUGCGCAACUUCUCAAAAUAUUCCGAUUAUAGCAUGGCUGCAGAGGGUCUGAAAAACCACCCUCGGCACAGAGACUACCUGGAGGAUGUAUCCCAGAGCCAGCUGGAGAAGCUUCACAUCAUCCUGCGAGAUCACAUGCAAGGCCUCAGCUUGGAGCACAGCCUGGCCUCGUUCCGACUGGACCCCGAUGAAGACCUGAACCAACUGGAUGACGAUAAGCUGGCUCGCAAGAAGGGCAAAAUGGACGAACUGUUCGAGAAGAACCGGAAAAACAAGGACGAUCCAGACUUUGUUUACGACCUCGAAAUGGAUUUCACCAAGACCACCCAAGAAAAGUGCAGCUGGGAUGAAGAGUCUGAUGAUGGAUUUUAAAACUCUGUUCUCAAAUACUUUCUCUGACCUUUAAGACUGCAAAUCACCCAACAAACUGAUACUCUAUUUAAAAGAAAAUCUGAGACAGCUGAAGUUUACUACAACUACCAUCUAAAGUCUUACACAGUAGUAACAUGGGGAACUCCAAAGGAAAUAUCUUCUUUUAUACACUGAAGUAUAUACACCUGCAUUGCUAUUUUGGAGGUAUACAUACAGUGGGGCAAUUAUUAUAGUUAGUUAUAGUAUUUAGUCAGCCACCAAUUGUGCAAGU